CACGCACCCGGAAGUCAUGUUCAUUCAGUCUACCGGUUUCUAUCUGUGGUUUCUGUUCAAGUUGCACCGCAUCCCAUGGUAGGGCUCGUUACUGGACGCACGAGAGAUGUUGCUGCUGGUGCUGGGUGCCCUCCUCCUGCUCUUCUGCACACUGGAUGUAUGGUACUUCCUGCGGGGGGCCCAGGUGUUCUUUGAGGCGUGGUUCCUACCCAGAAUAUGGGACUUGUUGGCUGAGCAAAGCAUUGACGGCAUGGUCCUCCCCCAUGAUUUGGACUACAUGGGCCACAUGAACAACUCUCGAUAUCUAAGAGAGUGUGACUUUGCCCGCUUCCACCAUUACAUGCGAAACGGGCUCUUCAUGGCCUCGCGCAAACUGGGGGCCAGAUUGGUGGUAGGGGCCUCCACCAUCCGGUACCGGCGCUCGCUGGCCUUCCGUGAGGCUUUUGAGAUUCGGACCAAAAUAUUGGGAUGGGAUGAGAAGGCGUUUUACUUGGAGCAGCGCUUUGUGUCCAAGAGAGAUGGUUUUGUCUCUGCGAUCAUGCUCUGCAGGCAGAAUGUGGUGCGCUGCAGCCCAGAGACCAUUAUCGAGUUUGUCUGCAAAAGGAAGAUCGAGUGCCCCGAAUUUCCCGAGGACCUCAAACACUGGAUCAGCUUCAUCUCAGCCAGCAGCCAGGCUCUGAGAGCAGAGAGCGGCCUGGAAGGGAAAAACAAGUGAAGCCCCACACCAUGACACCAUGUAUCAUGAGUGUACACCCACAUAUCAUUUGCAUUGCACGCACAUAUACAGUAUACAUACAAGCACACAGACCGUUAAACAUCGUAGAGUUUUCAGUUGAUUCACAAGAUUCCAUUUGUCUCUGUUUUGGGGUCAAUCCCUCCUGCUGUGUAUUUUUGUAUGAUGUGAACAGAAAUACUGAACUUAUGAAAACUUGAACUGUAGGGUAUUCCAUAUUUUAAAAUGCACUGUAUCCAUUGGGAUCAUAUUGAAAGUUCUUUGAGAACAUAGUGACACAAGAACGUAGCUUUAUCCUCAUAGCACACAGACCGGCUUUAGACAUCUUCAUUCUCAUUUUUAGCAGAAAUCCUCUAACGUCAGAUAAGCAUGUCGAGCAAAAGUUAAUCUUCCACUGACAUCAAUGCAUGUUUUAGAACAGACAGAAGAUUUCUUUUAUGCCUGUUUCUCUUGAUUAGCCGUAGUUUCAGAGCAUUAUAACUUUUUACAAGAAAAAAAAAGCGUAGAUGUGAUGAAAUGCUUGAAUGGACGUCAUGAACAUUUUGCACAAAGUAUCCCAAGUGAGUAGACAAACUUAAUUCUUGUUAACAAUCUGAAAGGGACUAUUUGAUUUCGAAGGAUACUUUUAAUCAGUCCAGUAUAGUUCUUUUACAGACUGUAUGACUCAUGCAUUUAAAGGGUGGGCUUCUUGAUUGGAGUUGCAUGUCAUUGUGAGAGAAACUGCUCGGAUCCAAAUUAAUAGGCAUAAUAAGCAAAUGCUGAUACGAGGUUGCUGGCAGCUUUUCCAAACCUGCAAUGCAAAAGAAACGUUAAUGUUAGGACGAUGCUUGGCCUUUUAAAUCUUGAAGCUUCCCUUUAAUGCAUCAAAGCUUUAUUUUGUGACCAAAGUAUUGUAUUGUUCUGUAUGAAGAGGAGACAAAAUCAUUUUUAAAGAUGUAUGUCUAACCUGUUAUUUAUGUUGCUGAUGCACUGAAAAUCCUGUUUAAUUUAUUUAAGUCUGAAGAUAUUCACUGUCCUUUUCUUUUCCACUUGUGUUAUUUAAUAUCCAUUGAAAUGGACUGAUGUACUUAACUCCAUGUAUUGUUUUUGUUAAUUAUUUAGAGGAAUUUUAAAUUAAAAAAUGCAGUGGAAACCAGUAUUUAUACCUGACUAAGUAUUUAACUCGGUAAUGCCACUGGUUAUGUGUGUUUGACCAUUCCACUCAUUAUGUAAUGUGUUCCAGGAUCUCAGCAGAAUGAAGUUGAUGUUUACUCUCUACAAACAGUUAAACUCUUUAUGUAAGUCUGAAGUGUGUGUGUUCAACAAUUUGUUUUCUUUGUUGUUCAGAGUUGGUGAAACUGGAUCUCAGUGCCCUGUGACGUCCUUUUAGAUGAAGUUAACAAAAUAAAACUAAAACUUUUGGGGCAUAUUACAUGGCUUUUGGCAGUGGUGGAAUGUGUAUAUGUAUUCAAGUACAAUUUUGAGGUACUUUCAAUUUCCUUCUAAUUUAUAUUGUAUGUCAACUUCACUCCCUUACAGAGGGAAAUAAUGUACGUUUUACUGCACAAUAUUUAUUUGACAGCUGUGUUUACGAUUUCCAAUUAAUAUUUAACAUUAAAAAUCAUCAUUGUAAAAUGUGGUUAUUAUAUCUGCCCUAAAGUACACUGAAGUGUGGCGGAUUAUAUGUAUGAAAUAUCAGUAAAUAGAAAUAUUCAAGUUAAGUACCUCAAAAUGUACAGUACUUGAGUAAAUGUACUAAUUACAAAAACAAGGAUUCACAACAUAGAAAAAAAAAUUAAAAGCUUACAUGAAAUAAAACUGUCAGAAGGGA